AUGGGAUCAGCCAAAACAUAUCCUAUGGAAGGCGAUAAAGCUACUCCAGAUCGCAAGAGACACUUUGUUUACUUCAAGAUUAUGAAAUACUUUGACAGAAGAUUGAUUUUCUAUAUUGCUGCAGUAUUCACAGUAAUUGCUGGCAUCGCUCCAGUUAUCCUCAACAUUUUCAUGGGUGAUUUAGCCAAUGUUAUGACCACAACAAACGAAUUUAGUCAUGAAGUUGGAAAGAUCUGCAUCAAGAUCAUCAUAUACUGCGUCUGUUACUCCGUGUUCAUUGAACUCAAGGACAUCAUUGGCGGAAGCUCAGGUUCAUGGUUCCAGACAGAUAUCAGGAAAAAUUUAUAUAAGAAGUUGAUGGCAUUAGACAUCUCAUUCUUUGACUUGCAUCAGACAGGUACAUUGCUUAAUAACUUCACAUCAGACAUUGCAGUACUUAAUGAGACAUAUAUUGCAAAAUUCUUCCAAGUUUUUCAAAACGUUCUCCAGUCACUUGCAGGCUUAGUUCUUUCAUUCGUCUACUCGUGGAGAGUCACUUUAAUUGCUGUUUUCGCAAUCUUCUUGUGUGUUAUUGUUUAUUACGUCGGAGAAUACUUUGUUGGAAAACUCUGGCAGCAUUUCAAUCAAAGUGUUAGUGAUGCAUCAACAAAGGCAGAACAAGUAAUCAUGGCAUUUCGCACUGUAAAAUCCUUUGAUAACGAGAUGCUUGAAGCAGACAAAUACCAGGAAAGCAUCAACCAAAUCAAUUCUGUCUACAGCACAACAUCAAUUAUCAUUGGUGCAAAAGAUGGAUUCAUCACAGCAAUUGCACAUUACAUGCUAGUUGGAGUUAUUUACUUCACAACAUGGAUGAUUGUUCGCCGCCCACAAUGGCAUGUGGAGAAUGGAGAUCUCAUGGUUUUAGUUCCUUCGCUUAUCUUCGCAACACAAGGUGUUUCGACAGCAUUGCAAAUGGUUGAUGAUUUCAACAAAGCAAGAGUUUCUGCAGAAAGAGUUUUAGACAUCUUAGAAGAGCCAAUCGAAACUAACCAGAGAGAAGGAAAAGAUUUUGAAAGUCCUGUAAAAGGAAAAAUCGAAUUCAGGAAUGUUGUUUUCAGAUAUAAGACAUGCGAGAAUUACGCAAUUAAGAAUCUUUCAUUCACUAUUAACCCAGGAGAGACUGUUGCUCUUGUUGGUGAAUCAGGAUGCGGCAAAUCAACAACAUUGCAGUUGUUGCAGAGAUUCUAUGAAAUUGAAUCAGGACAGAUUCUAGUUGAUGAUGUUGAUAUCAAGGAUAUUUCUGGAUUUAAUUUGAGAAAGAACAUUUCAAUAGUUCCACAAUCCCCUGUUUUGUUCUCAAUGAGUGUUAAAGAUAAUAUUAGAUAUGCAAAGAUGGAAUCUAACGACAAUGAAAUUGCAGAAGCAGCAAAGAUUGGAAAUGCUCACGAUUUCAUCAUGAAAUUCCCAGAUAAUUACAAAACAGAAGUAGAUAUUACUUCUCUUUCAGGUGGCCAGAAACAAAGAAUCUGCAUCAGCAGAGCUAUCCUAAUGAACGCUCCAAUCUUGCUUCUCGAUGAAGCAACAGCUGCUCUGGAUACAGAGUCUGAGAAAUUGGUCCAGGAAUCUCUUGAAAAAGUUAGAAAAGGAAAAACUGCUGUUGUUGUCGCUCACAGAUUGGCAACAGUUAUCAACGCCGAUAGAAUUCUUGUGUUUAAGGAUGGAGCUAUCGUAGAAAGUGGUAAGCAUGAAGAAUUACUUGCUAAGAAUGGUUAUUAUGCAGACCUUAUUAAAUACCAACUUCAAUAA